AUGCGAAUAGAAAAUGUUCUUCAAUUGAGUUUAUGUUUGAAUGCAUUCACUGGUUAUGGCAUUCAACGGGAGCAGAAAAAUUGCAUCUACAAGACAACAAGCUCUGAUUAUGGAUAUUUUACACCCACGCCAUAUUCAAUUCCCACACGGUAUUAUCCAUUGAAUCAACAAUUUACGUCUCACUUAGCUCAAACUGGAAUGUACCGCAAUUAUUCUUUGAACACAAACUUUGAUAAGCCUUUCUGUAAUCAAUUUUAA